AUGGCGCUCCUCUUCUUCGACCUCAGCCUCCUCCCUUCCCCCAACUCCAACUCCCGCCUUCUCGCCGCCGCACGAGCCCUCGAGCUAGGCUACGCUGCCGUCGCCCUCGAUCACCCGCACCGCGGCCUACUCGCCGACGCCGACCGCUGCCACACCGCUCCCUUCCCCGCCUUGUCUUCCCUCCCGCUCCCCCCCUCUGCCUCCCUCCACCGGUCCCGCAAUGGAUCCCCUACCUCCGAGCCCUUCCGCCAGUACACGCGCAUCACCCUCUCCCUCGACUCCGCUGCCGCCGCCGCGUCCGCGCUUGCCCCCUCCGCCGCCCGCCUCCUCCGCACAUACGACAUCGUCGCGGCGCGCCCUCUCACCCAGGCCGCGCUCGACCACCUCUGCCAGUCCGCCACAGAGAUUGAUGUCAUCUCCAUCGACUUCUCUCACAAACUGCCAUUCCGUCUCAAGCUCCCAAUGAUCAAGCUUGCACUACAGAGGGGGAUACACUUUGAGAUUGCAUACUCUCCCCUCAUCGAUGAUGUCAAUUCAAGGAGACAAGUCCUGGCCGAAGCCAAGCUGUUGGUGGACUGGACUAAAGGAAAGAAUCUCAUCAUUUCAAGUGCUGCUCAUAAUGCUAAUGAAAUUAGAGGCCCCUAUGAUGUCAUAAAUUUAUGUGCAUUUUUGCUUGGUCUUUCUAUGGAGCGAGCCAAAGCUGCUAUGUCCGUAAACUGCAGGUUGCUUAUUUCCAAGGCUACGAGGAAGAAACAUUUCUACAAAGAGACAAUUCGAAUCGAUAGACUGUUACCAAAUGAGCAACUAAAUUCAACAAAGUAUAAGGUUGGUGACUGGAUUGGUUUGGAUCCUAUAUCUUUUAAAGGUGAUCGACAAACUUUGGAGACAAAUCUAGAACCUUCUCCCAACAAAGAUGAACUACCUGUUUCACCCACGAAUUUUCCCGCCAAAGUGUUGUGUCAAAAACGCCAUGAUGCUGAUGUGUCUCUCUUUGCCGACCGGUUAGAGCAGUCUACUGAUGAUAGUGAAAUUCCAGUUGAAACUCAAGAGGAAACCUUACAGGCUAACAGAAGCGAAGCUCACAGUGGCGCUGUUCACACCAUCAUGGUUAACCCUGAAAACAAUGAAAUUGUUAUGGCUGGCAGUAUGCAGGCUUGUGUUGCCUCUUCUGUUGACCAGAAAUGCAUUGAGGAGCAUGUUGAAUUUGUUGAGGAUGCAAUGGAAUUAGAUGCUACAGAAUUGUGCACAUUAAACCUCAUUUCAGGUGACGGUACUCCUUUAUCCUCCGAUGUUAAGUUACCAUGUUCUUCUCUUCCCCAGAGCAUGGAGCUUUUUGACACUAGUCUUGAGAACAAGGAUCCUGACCAACCUAGUAAAAUCGUAGAUCAUACUAAUACUUGUGCAAAUCAGGGGUAUAUCCGCACAUCUGGUGAUAGGGAGGAACAGGCACCUCUGGAUCAUGAAAUUGUUUCAUGUUCUGAUGUUUGCCUCGAGGGUAAGUGCCUGGACAAACCUGAUGAUGUUCCAGUUGACUCAAAGACUCACAGAGAUGCUGCGGAAUCAUUGGGGUGCUCAACUGGUGGGCGAGAUGAUGAGACGCCAUUAAAUCUUACAGUUCCAUUGAGUACUGAUUUAUGCGAAGACAUUGUACUGCCAGCUCAUCAAGUAGAGCAAAAUGUGGAUGAAGACAUCAAAAGUACUGACAGUUAUAAGGUCGAACCGGUUUACAGAAAUGCAAUAAGAAUGAUAUCAGUGGAAAAUACUCUCAGUGGUCAAGAGAUCAGUUCAGCUGCUGUUGUUUAUGAUAAGGGGUCCAGUGAUGAAACUCGGGAAAAUAAUGAAUUGGAAGAACAGAAUUUAAAGAAACCCAAUGCUUCAUUAGAGAAAGAUGUUGCUAAAAUAGAUGAGGGGCCACUAAAUUAUGAUUAUGCAGAUAAGGUGGAUAUAUCUACAGCUAGAUCAGAAAAGCGAAGACAAAAACUAUUGUUGCACGGCCCCUCGUAUAUUCCUUUCUUGGGCUUUCUUAAGCCUGUGUCUUUCAAGAAGAAAGUAUGCAAAGUAAGAGGCCUGGUCAAAUCUUUAUAUCAUAUCGUCUGCCUAAAAUGUGCUGGCUAA